GCUAAAUGGUACGUGGCUGGUAGGCCUACACUGAGGGUCCUGAUCAGCAGUUUGGGAGCUGAAGUUGUUGGUGUGGGCAGUGAGGACCGGCCCCAAAUGCCGCGUAACCAAGCCAUUUUAUAGAUGAGGCAACUGAAGUUCAGAGCCUUGCUUUGUGAGGUCUUACCGUUUUAUGAGUGGACGAUUUCAGCUUUCCCGAAAGCUCUCAGGCUGAAUACUUCAAGCACGGAAACGCUUAGGGAAUGGACUAUAGGAAGCCACUUCGGAUGUUACAGUAGGAGUUAUCCUCACGGAGGGGGUUAAAAGUAGCGGGAUGUUCCUGGUUAAAGAACGAGAUUUGUAAAGAUGUAGCGAGCAUGGAUGGCACAUUUUGGCUGGAAGGAAAAGACGCGCCUUACUUCCGGGUUGCCUCUGCGGGGAAGAGCCGCACGGUGUCCUGGGAGCCGGCCAGCUGCUGGCGGGAUGGAAACACUGCAGGAGGAGAUUUGGGCCAAUGGGAGCACAGUGCUGCCCCCACCCCUGGCUCCCAACAUCAGUGUACCACAUCGCUGUCUGCUGCUGCUCUACGAGGACAUUGGCAGCUCUAGGGUCCGAUACUGGGACCUCUUGCUGCUCAUCCCCAAUGUGCUCUUCUUCAUUUUCCUGCUCUGGAAGCUUCCGUUUGCUCGGGCCAAGAUCUGCAUCACCUCCAGCCCCAUUUUUAUCACCUUCUAUAUCCUGGUGUUUGUGGUGGCGCUGGUGGGCAUCGCCCGGGCCGUGGUCAGUAUGACGGUCAGCACCUCGGAUGCUGCAACUGUUGCUGAUAAGAUCCUGUGGGAGAUCACCCGCUUCUUCCUGUUGGCCAUCGAGUUGAGUGUGGUUAUCCUGGGCCUUGCCUUUGGUCACCUGGAGAGCAAGUCAAGCAUCAAGCGUGUGCUGGCAAUCACUACUGUGCUGUCCCUGGCCUACUCUGUCACCCAGGGGACACUGGAGAUCCUGUACCCCGAUGCCCAUCUCUCAGCUGAGGACUUUAACAUCUACGGACAUGGGGGCCGCCAGUUCUGGCUGGUCAGCUCCUGCUUCUUCUUCCUGGUGUACUCUUUGGUGGUCAUGCUUCCCAAGACCCCUCUGAAGGAGCGUAUCUCCCUGCCUUCGCGGAGGAGCUUCUAUGUGUACGCAGGCAUCUUGGCACUGCUCAACCUGCUGCAGGGGCUGGGAAGCGCGCUGCUCUGUGCUGACAUCAUCGAGGGGCUCUGCUGUGUAGAUGCCACCACGUUCCUCUACUUCAGCUUCUUCGCACCCCUCAUCUACGUGGCCUUCCUCCGGGGCUUCUUCGGCUCAGAGCCCAAGAUCCUCUUCUCCUACAAAUGCCAAGUGGAUGAAACUGAGGAACCAGACAUGCACCUGCCACAGCCCUAUGCUGUAACACGGCGGGAGGGUCCAGAGGCAGCAGGUGCUGCCAGCACACAUUUCGACUCAGCCGGCGGGGUAUCCUACCUGGAUGACAUUGCUUCCAUGCCCUGCCACACGGACAGUAUCAACAGCUCGGACAGUGAGCGCUGGAAGACUCUCAAUGCCUGAGUGCAGCUGUCUGGAAAAGACUGCUGGGGCCCAUGGAGGAUGGAUGGGAGAGGAGGCCAGGUAGCACAAGAUCCCUGGAGGAGGAGGAUAAGGUCAUGACACCUUGUUUAGGUGGCACUGGUGUGCAGGCUCUGUCCUUGUUGCUGGGCUCCCAGGUCCCCUAGCCACCUCUGCCCUAGCUGUCCCUCUCCUUUCCAUCUUGCCCUUGCCCUGCUCUGCAAUGUGGCCCAGACUUUGAUCUCCCAGGGCCAGUCCUGGCUAGGCUGGCUGAGGGCACUUCUUUUCUCCAAUGGAGAAAGCCUGGGCACCCAGGACUGAUCUGGCCCACUCCCUACAGCACUUUGGCCUUCCUAAAGCCCACUCUUGCAGGUGGGCUGAAUCGUGUAUAUUUUCUUGAUGUAUUUUUUAAUAAAAAGGAAAAGGAAUAGGUGUUGCUGUGGAGACUGCAAGAA